AUGCGCCCCCAAGGUGAACAGGGCUCAGCAGCCCCCGGAGGCCCUGGGGAGAAGGAAGGCCCCGGGAGCCCUGGGGGCUCAGAGGCGCCGACGGUAGCUAUGGAGAAGCUGUUUAUAAGCCCCCCUACUCCUGCAAAUGAAGUACUGAGGGCGCAGGCAGCAGCUCGCGUUGCUGCUGUUGCGCGAAGCCUGUCGGACACAGAGGCCUCUCUUGAAACAGCAGCAGCAGGGAGAAUCCCCCGCAUUUUGGCGGAAGCGACGGACAGGCGCGUGUGGUGGCGGUCGCAGCAGCGGAGCAGCACUGCUGCUGCGAAUCCAGCGAACAGCCAGCGGCAGCCGCAUGCAGCAGCAGCAGACACGCUGGCUCACGGCACCACAGACCCAGGGAGCAGCAGCGCAGGAGAAGACGUGUGUCGCCUGCGGGUCCGCUGCAGCAGGCGGCAGCAGCAGCAAACUGAGGGCAGCGGCAGCAAGAAGCCGGGGCGGCACAAGCACCGGCGCUGGCUGCACCAGCAGCUGCUCGUUGCUGCUCUUCGCCGCCUCAUCUCCACUUCUGGAGACGAUCCAGCCGAUGCAACGGACUUGUGGGGGGCCCCUUGCCACCCGUCUUGUUGGCAAUUGCUGCAGAAGGAUCCUGUGGCUCGCGAGCUGUACAUAAAGAGGAGAGAAGGCACGGCGGAGGCAUUCCUGGGCCCCGCAGCAGAGGCUGCGGGCGCUGUGCCAGAGGGGGGGGGGACGGAGCUGGCGGACCCGCUGUCUCAAAGGAGAAACCACUGCCUCAGGCUCAUGAAGAAGCAGCAGCAGCAGCAGCAGCAACUGCAGCAACAGCAAUGGCAGCGCCAGCAGCGCCGGACAGGGGGCUCGGCCGUGCGCGCGGCCUCGUCAGAUGGACUUCGGCACUCCGAGUUGCUGCGGCAAACUGUGGCUGUGGACGAGCAGAGCGACACAGACAUGGAGUUUCCCAGCAAAGCAGCAGCAGCGGCAGCAGCAGCUACUGCUGCCUCAGCAGCCACGGGAAGCGCCGAGGCCGCAGGGUCACCUGCUGCCUCCGCUCUCGCCCGCGAGCUGGAGGUGCAGCGGCUGCUGCUGCAGCAGCUUGAAGGGUCGGAGCUGCAGCUGCUGCCCUCUGUGCAGCGGAUCAAGUCACUUCGGGCUGCCUUCAAACCCAUGCGCCAAAUUACCAAAGACGUUUCUACUCUCUUCAGCCUCAGUGCUGCUCUUGAAGAGGCAAUACGGGGGGCGUAUUCGUCGCUUUCCUCUGUCAAGGGAGGGCUGCAGCAGCUGCUGCAGCAACAUGCUGCUGAAGCAGCAAGCGCCCCGGAACAACAGAAGCAUAAGCCAAUACUAACGUGCAGCAGCAGUAGCAGCAGCGCCAACCGUGGGGGGCUGCCCAGCGCCAGCAGCGGCAAUAGUAGCAACAAUUUAAGUAGUAGCAGCAGUAGCAGCAGUAACGCUAGCAGCAGUCUGCGUUGCAUGCGUCUGAAUAAGGAAUCUGAGCGCGUCAGGGCUGAGGGCAUGUCGGAGGAGCCCUUCUCAGAUGAAGAAGCGCAGAUGCUGUCGUUCGUGAAGCGACUGCAGCGGCAAGCAGCUGCAGCUGCAGCUGCAGCGCGAACAGCCGCAGUAAAAACUGAAGCGGAUGAGCGGGAGGGCAGGGAAUGGCUGGUUCUGUGGCGUUUAAAUGGUUUUGAAAGAAAGGUGGCGCAUGCGUUGGUAUCCCUGACAUCUGACUUGGACUCUAUAUCUCUUUGCCCUCUCGAUCACCCCGGCCCGAACUCCAGAGCAGCGUGCUCACCUCAGCAGCAGCAGCAGCUGUUGCUGGCCAGCAAGCGCAAAGGGUCCAGUAAAGUCCCAAAGGCGGUGGUCAUAUGUAGGAAAUACCACGCAGAGACUGCCUCCCUGCCUCCAGUAUCUCUUGCGGCCCUCCUUGUGUGCGCUGCGACUGCUGCGCUAUGA